GAGCAAGUAAAUAUGUCAAAACUGUUGUUUGCUGUUUCAUUCCUCUUGUCUUUGUCAAUGACAACUGUUUCGGCAUGCACCUGCGAACCGAGAACCUGGAUAGAACAAUUUUGCAACGACCCAUUAGCUGGGAUAUUUUACAUUAAAGACGAUGGUAUUGUCACUGGGAACUGGAGAGUGUACGACGUCGACUUUGUAGUUCAAUUCAGACCUUUUGAUAUCCCAAAGAACCCAGACUUCAGUAAAUUAUAUACACCAACAGAAAGUGCUGCGUGUGGAGUUUUGCUAAAGAAGAAUAAGUAUUAUGUUAUUACAGGAUCCUUCAGCAUGGAUAGCGGAAAAUGCCCUCUGAUGACGACAAACUUAUGCACUUUACAGAAGCAAAUUGCGCAUCCAGGUGCGUUCACACCUCCCGACUGUUCCUCAAUUUACCAAAUCGCUUAAAUUCUUUCAAAUGAUUGUUAACAAAAGAGAAAUG